CCACAGGUGAUGACUUGGAUCACUAUGAAGAUACCAAAGAUGGCGACACAUCAAAAGAAUGGAAACGGGGUUCAAAGAAAUCAAGCAGCAAACGUGGGUGGAAAUCAAGGAGUCAGUUCGAACCGAUUAUGAAGAAGACUGUCAAGUACAAUGAAAAGGCACAAUCGAACUCAACAGACGACUACU